UUUAAAAAUGUUUUCCAAAAUCUUAUUAGCUAUAAUUAUUCUCCAAUUAAUUUUGGAUAAUGAAGGGGAUAAUGUAGAAGUAGGACCUCCAAAAGUAGUUGCGCAACCUCCAGUUGCAACAACAGAAUGUGCUCACCAUAAAAACAAAAAUGGUGGAAAAAAGCAUAAAGGAGGAAAAGGGGCGUUUUUAAAGAAACACAAAGGAACUAAAAAGCCUAAAAAGAAUAAAAAUGGAAGGAAAACAAAACCUCCUCAAGUUUAA